GAAAGAUGCAUAAAAAUCAACAACCCCCCACCAGUGACAGCUCUCCUCGUCUCCCUUCACUCUACUCUUCCCCUCCUCCCUUUUAUUUUUCAAUCUCAUCGUUUUCUUUUUUUUUUCUUCCUCCCUUCUAUUUCCUUCUCUUGUUUUGACCUCCGAAUCCCUAAUGAUUUUCGGUUCCCUGCAAACUGCCGGAAUUCACAUCUGAAUUUUCGCCGCCGGAUUCCUUACCGGAAUCUGACGACGCACCGAGCUCGCAGUGCAAGCUUUGUUCGAGCUGUGUUGAUGAAGGUCGUCUGAGUCUUCUUUGCUUUAUUCCUGUUGAUCUGAUUGUGUGAAGUGACACCAUGGGUUGUGCUGGAUCCUCGCAGAGCAAAGGAGACGAGACUAUAAAAAAGAUCAGAAAGCCAAAGCCUUGGAAACAUUCUCAGCCAAUAACAAGGGCACAGCUUGCACAGAUGCGAGAUGAGUUCUGGGAUACUGCUCCUCAUUAUGGUGGCCAGAAAGAGAUUUGGGAUGCACUUCGAGCAGCUGCAGAAGCUGAUUUGACCCUUGCACAAGCAAUUGUGGACAGUGCAGGUGUCAUUGUUACAAGUGCGGACUUGACAACCUGCUAUGACGAAAGAGGUGCUAAAUAUGAAUUGCCCAAGUAUGUUUUGAGUGAGCCAACCAAUUUGAUUCGCAACAGUUGACAACAGAGAGUUAGGCUGAUCACCAUGCUUCAAUAAAAUUGAAUGUAAAUCAUGUAAAUUACUCAUUCUCUUUUGGGAAGUUUGGUGGCAUACUGGCAUAUAGUAAACUUGUCACAAAGCACAUAUGGGAAGUACCUGCAGUUUAACUCGGUGAACAAGAAAAUAUCUGUUUGACUCUUCUGAACUGUUCGACUCAGUUUUUCAAUGAAUAUGCAUACAUUUUGUUUCGAAUUAAUCAAAUUUUGAGCUGUUAUCAUUGUUAUCA